AUGAAAGUACAUGUUUUUGGAAACAGUCCCUCCCCUGCAGUGGCGACUUACGGCUUAAGAAAAACAGCUGACAUUGCGGAAGAAAAGUAUGGCAAAGAUAUGAAGAAAUUUGUUCAUUUUAACUUUUAUGUAGAUGACGCACUGUCUUCACAUGCAACCACAGAAGAAGCAGUAUCGUUACUUCAACGGACAAAGAGGGCUCUGGAGGAACACGGUCACCUACGUCUUCACAAGAUAACCUCCAACUCCAAGGAAGUACUAGCUGCAUUUGAUCAUCAAGAUCUAGCUAAAGACCUGAAGAAUUCGGAAUUCUUGGCUGAUGAUCUUCCAACACAAAGAAGUCUGGGCGUUUGCUGGAAUCUUCAAGAGGACUUCUUUACCUUUAAAGUAAACAUAGGAGAGAAACCCUUCACUAGACGUGGUGUCCUCUCUUCUAUCAAUAGUCUGUUUGAUCCUCUUGGAUUUGUAGCCCCAGUGACAAUUGCAGGAAAAGCAAUUCUCAGAGAGGCCAUGACCAGUGGUUUGGAUUGGGAUGAGCCAUUGCCGCCUGAUUUUAUCCAAAGAUGGAAUGCAUGGAGGUCAUCAUUGUCAGGUCUUGAAAUGCUUUGUGUACCGCGUACUUAUGGAGGAGUACCGAUAAGCCAAGCACAUAGUACAGAACUUCUGGUUUUCUCUGACGCGUCUACAAUGGCUAUUGCUGCAGUCGCUUAUGUGAAACUGGGUUACGGAACAGAACAACGACUUGGAUUCAUUAUGGGAAAAACCAAGCUAGCCCCAAAGCAUGGACACACCAUACCGCGGCUGGAACUCUGUGCAGCUGUUUUAGCUGUUGAACUGUAUGAUCUUAUUACUAGAGAAAUGGACAUUAAAUUUGACAAUGUUUCCUUUUUUACUGACAGUAGAGUUGUCAUAGGUUACAUUAAAAAUGAGUCAAAACGAUUCUUCACGUAUGUAGCAAACCGUGUGGAUAAGAUUCGCAGACUAAGUGAACCUGAAGACUGGCACUACAUUUCCACAAAGUUGAAUCCAGCUGAUGAAGGCACUCGCUCAGUGCAAGUGAAAGACUUGCAGAAUAGCUUAUGGUUAAAUGGACCACCUGUAACGCAUGAAUUGUGGAACAAUGAUCAGGAACCACAACUAUGUGGAGAAGAAUUUGAUGAUGAUUCAGAAGUCAAAUCUUGCAAGAUGGAAGUGCAACCAUGCUGCAAUUUAGGGUCGCAUCGUUUUGAGAAAUUCUCAACCUGGAGUAAACUCACUCAGGCAAUAUUGCUGAUUCAGAAAGUUGUUAGAUGGAACUUACUACACAAACGUAGAAAUGGAGAGGACAAAAAUCCACUUACCUUGAGAGCUGCUGAACUUCUGAUCAUUCACGUCAUUCAACAUGAGGCUUUCCUGGAUGAGAUUAUCGCCUUAAAAUCUGGACAGACUGUGCUUAAAACGAGUCCCAUUUAUGACCUCGACCCUUACCUUGACGACACUGGAUUAUUGAGAAUUGGAGGAAGACUUCGCCGUUCGAACCUGACCACCCAGGAAAAGAAUCCAAUCAUUAUUCCCAAGAAGAGUCAUGUUGCAACUCUGCUCAUAGAUCAUUUUCACAAAGAAGUAAAACAUCAGGGUCGUUUGUUCACAGAGGGUGCAAUACGUAGUGCGGGGUAUUGGAUCAUCGGGUGUCGUCGUCAAGUGAACUCUUACUUGCAAAGGUGUGUGAUCUGUAAGAAACUUAGAGGAAAACAGCAGCAACCUAAAAUGGCCGACCUUGCGGAAGUUCGUCUUCAACCUGCCCCACCAUUUUCAUUUGUUGGAACUGUGGAACCAACUUUGUUGGAGCUGUGA